AUGCAAUUAUUUGUCAAGACUUUGACUGGUAGAACUGUUACAUUGGACGUAGAGUCGAAUGACUCUAUUGAGCUUGUCAAGAACAAAAUCGCAGAUAAAGAAGGAAUUCCAGCAGAUCAUCAACGCUUAAUUUAUGCUGGUAAGCAAUUGGAAGACGGAAGAACUCUUUCUGAUUAUAAUGUUCAAAAGGAUGCAACGCUUCAUCUUGUGUUGAGAUUGAGAGGUGGUAUGCAACUCUUUGUGAAAACCUUGGCUGGAAGAACCAUCACUUUGGAUGUUGAAACCAAUGACAGCAUUCAAGAUGUCAAGAGUAAGAUUUUUGAUAAGGAAGGCAUUCCAUCGGAUCAACAAAGACUUAUCUUUGCUGGUAAGCAGCUGGAAGAUGGAAGAACAUUGACGGAUUACAACGUUCAAAAAGAUGCAACUCUUCACUUGGUGUUGAGAUUGAGAGGUGGUCGACAAAUCUUUGUCAAGACUUUAACAGGAACGACCCUGACGUUGGAAGUGGAUCCUAAUGACAGCAUUCAAGAUGUAAAGAGCAAGAUUUUUAACAAGGAAGGUAUUCCAGUAGAUCAACAACGUUUGAUUUAUGCGGGUAAGCAAUUGGAAGAUGGAAGAACAGUUUCUGAUUAUAACUUGCAACAAGAUUCAACCCUUCAUCUUGUCUUGCGAUUACGUGGAGGAUAUUACCUCUUGUAA